UGCACACAACCACCAGGUCCUUCUGCGCUUCCCCUCUCACCUCCCCCCCUCUUCUCGCCUCUUUUUCUCCUCCCCCUCGAAAACGGGCCACCGGGGGACCCCUUGAUAUCUGACGACUUUCUGGCGGGGGUCCGUUGGCAGGAGCGACGAAGAUGGAUGUGGCAGCGCUCCGAGACCGCAUACAGUCGACCCUCGACGCCAAUGCGGAUACGAGACGUCAGGCGGAGUUGGACUUGAAAUACGCCGAAAACCAACCGGGUUUUAUCAACGCGUUGCUGGAUAUUCUCCAGGCGGAGCAGAACAAUGCCGUCCAGCUAUCGGCUGGUGUGUAUCUUAAGAACCGGGUGAACCGUGGAUGGGCUCCUGUCGAGGACUCGCCGUCACGCCGCCCCAUCCCCGACGAGGAGAAGCCUGCCUUCCGCGAACGCCUGAUCCCCGUCCUGGCCUCGUCGCCGCCUAACGUGCGCGCCCAGCUGGUUCCUUUACUGCAGAAGAUCCUGCAGCACGACUUCCCCGAGCAGUGGCCGGGGUUCCUGGACAUCACGCUGCAGCUCCUGGGCGGCAACGAUGCCAACUCCGUCUACGCUGGGCUGCAGUGCCUGCUGGCCAUCUGCCGUGUUUACCGCUUCAAGGCGGGCGAGAAACGCGAGGAGUUUGACAAGAUCGUCGAGCAUUCUUUCCCCCAGCUGCUCAAUAUCGGUACCAAGCUUGUCGAUGAGGAGAGCCUGGAGGCCGCCGAAAUGCUCCGCAUUGUCGUCAAGUCUUAUAAGCAUGCCAUCUACUUCGAAUUGUCUCCUCAUCUCCAAACCCACCAGGCAACCGUCGACUGGUGCACGCUGUUCCUGCGGAUCGUGGCCAAGCAGCCUCCUGCCAACGCAAUGAUGGAAUCCAAGGAGGAGCGGGAGCUUAAUCACUGGUGGAAGUGCAAGAAGUGGUCUUAUGCCAACUUGAACCGCCUUUUCAUCCGGUACGGAAACCCGACUACGAUGACCAAGUCCAGCCAGCCCGAUUACACCCAAUACGCCAAGAUGUUCAUCGGCACCUUCGCCCCGGAGAUUCUCAAGGGAUAUCUGCAGGAGAUCGAAAAGUGGGUGUCGAAGACCCAAUGGCUCAGUAACCCCGCGUUAGCCUAUACCAUGAUCUUUUUGGAGGAGUGCGUUAAGCCCAAGGCCAUGUGGGACCACCUCAAGCCACACAUGGAGAACCUGAUCGCCCACUUCAUCUUCCCGAUCCUGUGCCAGUCGGACGAGGACAUCGAGCUCUUCGAGACCGAUCCGUCCGAGUACCUCCACCGCAAGCUGAACUUUUACGAGGAGGUUUCUGCCCCGGAUGUGGCCGCCACAAACUUCCUGGUAUCGCUCACCAAGAGCCGCAAGAAGCAGACCUUCUCCAUCCUGACUUUCGUCAACGGCGUGGUCAGCAAGUAUGAAUCGGCCCCUGAUGACCAGAAGCAGCCCCGCGAGAAGGAGGGCGCCUUGCGGAUGAUCGGUUCCCUCGCAUCCGUAAUCCUCGGCAAGAAGAGCCCGAUCGCCAACCAGGUCGAGUACUUCUUCGUCCGCCACGUCUUCCCGGAGUUCCGCAGCCCGCACGGCUUCCUCCGUGCUCGGGCCUGCGACACGCUGGAGAAGUUCGAGCAGCUCGACUUCAAGGAUCCCAACAACCUCAUGAUCAUCUACAGGAACAUCCUCGAGUCGAUGACCGAUCCCGAGCUGCCCGUUCGUGUCGAGGCCGCGCUAGCCCUGCAGCCGCUGAUCCGCCACGACAUCAUCCGUACCUCCAUGCAGCAGAACAUUCCUCAGAUCAUGCAGCAGCUCCUCAAGCUCGCCAACGAGGUCGACGUCGAUGCCCUGGCCAACGUCAUGGAGGACUUUGUGGAGGUCUUCUCGGCUGAGCUCACCCCGUUCGCGGUGGCGUUGAGCGAGCAGCUGCGCGACACCUACAUGCGCAUCGUGGGCGAGCUUCUCGAGCGCAACGCGGCCAAGGGCGAUGAUGAUGGCUACGGUGACUUCCUAGACGACAAGAGCAUCACCGCUUUAGGUGUCUUGCAGACCAUCGGCACGCUCAUCCUGACCCUCGAGAGCACACCUGACGUGCUGCUCCACUUGGAGACCAUCCUGAUGCCCGUCAUCUCCAUCACCCUGGAGAACAAGCUGUACGACCUGUACAACGAGGUGUUUGAGAUCAUCGACAGCUGCACGUUUGCCGCCAAGUCCAUCUCCCCGACCAUGUGGCAGGCGUUCGAGCUCAUCCACAAGACCUUCAAGGCCGGCGCUGAGCUGUACCUGGAGGACAUGUUGCCCGCGCUGGACAACUACGUCGCGUACGGCUCUGAGACAAUGGUGCAGCACCCUGCCUACCUCGCCGCGGUCGUCAGCAUGGUCGAAGACAUUUUCCGGGAUGAAAAGGUUGGUGGCGUGGACCGGAUAUGCGGCUGCAAGCUGGCCGAAACGGUCAUGCUCAACCUGCGCGGUUGCAUCGACCAGUACAUCCCGACUUUCAUCGAGCUCGCGAUGACGGUCAUCGAUGCCGAGGAGGCCAAGACCAAGUCGUACCGCAUGCACCUGAUGGAGAUGGUCAUCAACGCCAUCUACUACAACCCCCUGCUCGCCCUGCAGUACCUUGAGUCCAAGGGCUGGACCAACAAGUUUUUCAGCACCUGGUUCUCCAAUAUCGAUAACUUCCGUCGUGUCCACGACAAGAAACUGUCCAUCGCCGCCAUCAGUUCCCUCCUGACUCUCAAGGCGGAGAAUGUCCCGACCAGCGUUCAGCAGGGUUGGCCCCGUCUGCUGCAGGGCGUGACCCGACUCUUCCAGACUCUUCCCGCCGCCAUGAAGAACCGUGAGGAGGCUACUAAAGAGUCCGACUUCACAUUUGAUGACGAAGAUGACCUCGACGAUGAGGAAAACGACUGGACUGGUGAUGUUGAAUGGACCGACCAGGACGAAGCUGAGGCUACCGGAGCUGACGGUGACAUUGCCGACGAGAGCGCCGCGUACCUCGACUUCCUCAACCAAGAGGCCCAGAAGUUUGGAUCCUUUGCAGACGAUGAUGACGAUGAACUGGACGAAGAGAGUCUUCUCGAAACUCCUUUGGACAAGGUCGAGCCGUAUGGCAUGUUCAAACAUGUCUUCAUGAACCUCCAACAAGAGCAGCCCCAGCUCUAUGACAGUCUGGCCAAGAUCCUCAAUCCCGAGGAACAGCAGAUCAUCGAGGCGGUCUUCCACGAAGCAGAUGCAAAGGCUCUGGCCGCAGCCAACGCCGAGGCUGCUGCCGCCGCCGCUGCCGCCGCGGGUGUCCAGACGAAUGGCAAUUGAGACGGGUAGUCCUGCUAUACACGCAUGAUAUAAAGUUGGCAUUUCCGAUUUCUUUUCCUUUUAUCUUAUUCUCGUCAUUUGCCCCCCCCCUUUUUUUUUCGUGGAUUUUUGGCAUGGUCGGGGACUGCAUGUUUGCAUGUUCCAAGAUCCAGGAGAGCCUCCGGCUUGUUCCUGUCCCCAUUAGAUUUUUUGUUCCAUUCCUCUGUUCAUCACGUUCUCAUGCUCGAAAAGUCAUGUCCCAUGCCCUGCACAGAUUCCCCUGAUAAUAUUCCACCGAUAUGGUAUGUUCUACGAA